GGAGGUGAAAGCUGAUCUCAGAGCAGAUGAGGGAGAUCCCCGUGUGGACUUCAGAGGUAUGGUUUGAGAAUCCUGCAGAUCCUCAGCUCACUUCUGGAGACACACAGACACAGAGAGAGAGCAGCAGCCCCUACAGAGACGAGAUGAUUUAUCCUACAUGUGUUUACUUCUGUUGCUGUGUCCUGUCUGCAGCUGUGAUUCACGUGUGUGUAGGUGAAAUGUACACGUCGCUGCUGAACGUUAAACAGGCCAUCAGUGUUGAACGGAAGCUGAUCGAUUACUUGAAAACUUACAUUGACCACGAGUUAGAGAGGCUGGAGGACGUCAAGCGAUUUUAUUCUAAAGUGUCUGAUCUACACACUGAUCUUUACAAAGGCCCAGCGGCCACGAUGGCGAACCCGCUGGUCGCCUUCACCCUGAUCAAGAGGCUACAUUCAGAGUGGCUGAAUGUUGUCCACAGCAAUGAAGCCCUGGAGAACGCACAAGCCCUCAGGUCCAGUUACGAGGAAGAAGAGGCAGGUCUGCCCCAACUGGAGGACCUGCAGGGGGCCGCUAAGGGUCUGAUGAGGCUGCAGGAUGUGUACGCUCUCCAGGUUGCGAGUCUUGUCAACGGUCGUUUCCAGAGACUCACUGAUGGUGUGACGAUUGACAUCCACCUUCCUGCAGUGUCUGUGCUGCUGUCCGGAGAUGAUUGCUUUCUGGUGGGAAAGGUGGCUUAUGAGCAGGAGGACUACUACCACUCGGUGCCGUGGUUGGAGGAGUCGGUGCGUCUCUUCAGGGGAACAGAAGGCGAGUGGAGUCCUGAAAAUGCAGGAACUCUAGAGGAUGCUCUGGAUCACCUGGCCUUCUCUCACUUUAAAACAGGAAAUGUGUCCUAUGCUCUUAGUCUGUCUCAGGAGCUUCUCCAUCAUGAUCCAAUGAAUGGGAGAGUUUUGCAGAACGUUGAGAAAUAUGAGAAGCUGCUGGUUGUGAGUCCACCAAGGUCACUGAGGGGCGACGGGCUGAGGAGACCCUCCUCCAAUUAUUUAAGGACCAGGGACAAUUAUGAGAGACUCUGCCAGACCCAAAGACAUCAGCAGCCGAUGCACUUCAAAAACCCGGAGCUCUUCUGUGACUUCUUCUCGAACGGUAAUCCGGGGCUGCUGCUGCAGCCAGUGCGACGGGAAGUGCUGAGCCUGCAGCCGUACGUGGUCCUGUACCACGACUUCAUCACCCACACGGAGGCUGAGGACAUCAAGGGGCUCGCCCAGCAAGGAUUAAGGCGAUCUGUUGUGGCAUCUGGAGAGAAACAAGCGACAGCAGAGUACCGCAUCAGCAAGAGUGCAUGGCUGAAAGGCACCGCACAAUCCACUGUUGGGAAGCUGGACCAGAGGAUCUCCGUGCUCACAGGUCUAAAUGUGAAGCCUCCAUACGGCGAAUACCUCCAAGUGGUGAAUUAUGGGAUUGGCGGCCAUUAUGAGCCUCACUUUGAUCACGCUACAUCCCCUUCGAGUCCCGUAUACAAGCUGAAAACUGGGAAUCGACUGGCAACCUUCAUGGUAUACCUCAGCUCUGUGGAGGCAGGUGGCUCCACAGCCUUCAUCUACGCCAACUUCAGCGUCCCUGUCGUGGAGAGAGCUGCUGUCUUCUGGUGGAAUCUCCAUCGAAACGGUCAAGGUGAUGAAGACACGCUUCACGCUGGCUGCCCCGUGCUUAUUGGCGAUAAAUGGGUUGCAAACAAGUGGAUCCACGAGUACGGCCAAGAGUUCCAGCAUCGCUGCAGCCUGAAUCCUGACGAGUGAGAGGGGGCGGAGCCGUAGCCGGGCCCCUUGGAGUACAAGAGCCUGCCUCCACAAUUGAGAGGCACACUUGCAGGCGGGAAAGCAGCAGAGAGCCAGAAAGUUAGCACACGGGCAGGGGAGGUGAGAGCCCAUCUGGGGCAGCCUGCAUCUGUGAUUGGAGCCCCGGGCCCCAGGGAGCCUGAAGCGUGCAGUACAGAGCCGCAGCGGACGUGGAUCACACACGGCUGAGAGGGGGUUUGCAAUCAGCCCCCAGAGGCCAAACGCUCUCUUGCUACUACUGGCCAGUUUCUGCAUCUAAGAGAGAGGCCCUUUGCCUUUGCAUACUGUGCUGGUUUCAGUUAACUGUGAAGGCUGUUUGCUCCUGCUUGCUUAAAAACUGACAUUUUUAUGCAGCCCUCUUCCUACGCUGGGCCCACUCAAGGCUCUGUCAUUACAAAUCAACACAGCUCAACUCAGUGAGAACUCUCAAGACUUUAUGCUGAAUGUUUAGAUGCACAAGUUUGCAUAGCUUCCUGGCUGAAUCUCAGUGAAAUGUUUUCUCAAGGCAAUCUAAAAUUGGUACGCUAGAAAUAAAGCCUGUCUUUGGAAUAAGCAGAUACACAGAGCAUGUUUGGUUGAAGCUCAUCUGUUAUAGGUUAUCUCCGACCUCAAGACUCGAAUUCAUGACUCAGAGGAACCCGUCAUUGUGAUUUUGCCUGUUUAUUCCCAGCUGACUGAGCAAUGUGAUCACUGCUGCCUGAUAGAGGCUCCUUGAUUUAACUGGCUGUCUCAAGACAAAGAUGAACCAGAUCUGUCAGAAUUUUAUUGCGUUUCAGAGGCGGGUUGUCAUUAAUCUCGCUUUGCACGCAAAGUGAUUGGAAACCAGACUUUAUCUGAAUCCACACUAACAAAAACUUUAUCAGC